AUGCCGGCUGGGGCACCUCCUCCGAGACCUCCGAAGCCUGGAGAGCAAGGUCACGUCUCUACACCAGUCCAGAGUCGUAACGAUGGCCCGCCCUUGCCACCUCUACCACACGAGCGAGCUCGACAGUCACCACAGCUGCGACAAGGUAAUGGCUUUGACGCUUCUCAGCCUCGGCGCUACUCUAGGGCUCCGCCAUUGCCCCAUCAAGUCCAGCAAGAGUACAGACAGGCUCCAGGUUCCCCUCUGGCUUCAAGCGCGCAUACACCUACACAGAGAUAUACACAACCUCCGCCGUUACUUCCACCGCAACACAAUCAACAACAUCAGAUACCCCUACGUCCAGCUCAGCAGCAGUACCCCCGACAAUAUCACCAACCGCCUCCGCGGCAUUUCCAGCAGAUGCCUCCGAACAUGUCUGCUCAGCAGUAUCCUCCGCAACACGCCCCUCACCAACAACCUACGCCUGCAAAACCUGCCCCUGCACAAGAUCUUCUCAGCGACCCCUUUGAUAAAGUGAACCAAAACACCUCCGCCCUGGCCCCACUGCGUGCUCAAUCCGUCGCUCUUCAAGAGGCUCAUUCCCGCCUCAACUCCGAGCUGUCACAGCUAACAGCCUUGGACAAUACACUGGCCACCAACGAACGGAUACUCCAUCAAGCCCUUUCGGACUGCGAUCGCGUUAUCGACGACAGCAAAUCUACCCCACAGCCACCCAUCGAUGAUGUUCUCGUCGCCCCUACUGUUGCCUCCACUCAACUCUGGAAUCUGCAAGCUGACGAAGCAGCCAUUCGGGAAGCCCUGUGGUGUUUGCAACGUGCUGUGGGGGCGGGAAGGGUCGGCUCAGAGGUGUUCAUCAAGAUGACUAGGAGUCUGGCCAGAGAGCUGUUCCUGAAGAUGGCGCUGAGCAAGAAGCUUGCCAGAGGACUAGGUCUCGAUGUGGGAGGUAGUAGAGCAGGGACUUUUGGAGGUGAGGAUGGAUAUGGUUAUUGA